AUGCCAGAAGAAGCGAUGUUUCGCUCUGCGGAAAUGUCAAUGAUUCAGUUCUACAUUCCUGCCGAGAUCGGCCGAGAAACUCUUUAUUCUCUUGGUUCCUUGGGUCUUGUCGAGUUUAGAGACUUGAAUAGUAAGGUCAACGAGUUUCAAAGGUCCUUUGUUGGCGAGAUACGUCGCAUGGACAACGUUGAAAGAGAGUACAGAAUUCUUAAAAAUGCCAUGGAUCGUAGAAGUAUUGAGAUGACAGAAAGCUUCACUGGGAAGAAUGAGAUAUCGCAUGCCAACAUUAUGUCUACAUCCCAGUUGGACGAGGCUUGCUCCAAUGCUCAAUUGUUGGAAGACCGAAUUACUGAGCUAUCAACAGCCUCCGAAGGUCUACUUAAGAGGCAAAUGGACUUGAAACAGUAUCAGCAAGUACUCAAUUCUACGGAUAGCUAUUUUGAUCGCUCGUAUACUUCUGACCUCAUCAACUUGAAUGAUGCCAACAACAAUGACAUCUCCGCUGAAGAUGGCGACGUUAGUCGUAUCGGUAACUUCAUCACAGGUGUUAUCACAAGAAUUAAAGUGCCUAUUCUUGAAAAAAUCUUGUGGCGUGUUCUUAGAGGUAAUUUAUUUAUGAAGACCACUGAGAUUCCAGAGAAGAUGUUCGAUCCUAAAUCAAAGGAAUUUGUCGAUAAGGAUUGCUUUGUUAUUUUCUCUCAUGGUGAGCUGAUUAUGUCUAGAAUUUCGAAGAUUUGCGAGUCCUUGGAUGCGGAUCUCUAUUUUGUUGACCCAGAUCAUAAGAACCGUCAGAACCAGAAAGUUGUCGUCAACCAGAAGCUAACUGACGUUACCACAGUGUUGGAAAAUACUGACCGAACCUUGGAAACCGAGCUACGCGUUGUUGCUCCGGAGCUCGAUGCUUGGUGGACGGCUAUCAAACUCGAAAAGUCCGUCUACGAAAUCAUGAACAGGUGCUACUACGAUAUGAGUAGGAAGUGCUUGAUUGGAGAAGGUUGGGUUCCUAAAGACGACUUGCCACGUAUUCAGGCUUCUCUUGAUGAGAUGUCCACCAGGUUCUCAAGGAUCUCUAAUAGUGCGAGUGGUGGUAAUUCUGAUGACUCUAUUCCUAUUAUUAUGAACACGAUAGAGACGACUAGAACUCCCCCUACCUAUUUUAAGACCAACAAAUUUACCCAGGCCUUUCAGGCGAUGUGUGACUCGUAUGGUACUGCUACUUACCGUGAAGUCAACCCUGGUCUUCCCACAAUUGCCACUUUCCCCUUCAUAUUUGCUAUUAUGUUUGGUGAUAUGGGUCAUGGCUUUCUUAUGUUCCUAGCUGCUCUUAUGCUUGUUAUAUACGAAGAUCCUAUAUCCAAAAUGAAGAGGGAUGAGAUCUUCGAUAUGGCCUACUAUGGUAGAUAUAUAGUGCUACUCAUGGGAGCUUUUUCCAUGUACACUGGUUUUGUGUACAAUGAUGUGUACUCGCUAUCCAUGUCUUUGUUUACCUCGGGUUGGAAGUGGCCUCUUGAAUGGAAAGAAGGUGACCUUAUCACUUCCCAUCAGACUGGAGUCUAUGCAAUUGGGUUGGAUCCUAUGUGGCACGGUGCAGAAAAUGCUUUACUUUUUGCCAAUUCAUACAAAAUGAAGCUCUCCGUUCUUAUUGGUUUCAUCCACAUGUCCUAUUCGUACAUGUUUUCACUUGUCAACGCACUUUACUUUCACAGGCCCGUCGAGAUUAUCGGUAACUUCAUUCCCGGUUUCAUAUUUUUGCAUGCUAUAUUUGGCUACUUAUCUAUCUGUAUUGUUUACAAGUGGUGCGUUGAUUGGGUAGCUAUUGGUAAGCCCGCUCCAAGUUUGUUGAACAUGCUCAUCAACAUGUUUUUAUCUCCCGGCGUUAUUGACAAUCAGCUAUAUCCAGGACAAGCCACCGUGCAGGUGAUCCUUCUUUUGUUGGCGCUCAUCUGUGUUCCUUGCAUGCUUUUGAUUAAACCGUUGUGGUUCAGGCACACGCAUAGUGAGAAGUAUAUCAGCUUGCCAAAUGGCCAGGGUGACGAUCAUAGUGAAGGCACAAACUCCAACAAUCUCUUGUCCAACUUGCAUCUUGACGACUCAGAGCCCGUGGAAGAGCAGGCUUUCGGCGACAUUAUGAUCAACCAGGUGAUUCAUACCAUCGAAUUCUGUCUUAACUCUGUCUCACAUACAGCAUCUUAUUUACGUUUGUGGGCCUUAUCUUUGGCUCAUGCACAGCUUUCCUCUGUGUUGUGGACGAUGACCAUUGGUGCCAGUUUUCACUUCUCGGGAAUUAUCGGUAUCUUCUUCAUAUUUUUCAUGUUCGCUCUCUGGUUCAUUCUUACUGUGUGUAUCUUGGUGGUUAUGGAAGGUACUUCUGCCAUGCUUCAUGCUUUGAGGUUGCACUGGGUCGAAUCCAUGUCUAAAUACUUCGAGGGUGAGGGUAUUGCCUACAAGCCGUACUCGUUUGCGACUGUCUUGCACCCUGACCAGGCCUAA